ACUUGAACGUUUCUGAUUACCACAAGCAAUGGCAAGCCAUCUAUGUCAAGCCCUGCAACUACAAGCAACCUUUGCUUCCUUCCCACUUUGUGCUUAUAGGAAGUCUUCUUUCAAGUGUAGUGCGUUUGCACACGACUGUGCGAGUUGGUCUGAGUAUUUCUCCUUUGCUUUCUGUGCAGCUCUCUCUGGAUUUGUUUCGCUCUGGUCUUUCGUAAUUGAUAAUUCUAAGUUUAACUCUUUGAAGCAAUAAAUAGUAAUAAGAACUGGAAAUCCAUAAAAGUCUCAACUUGGGUAACAAUGCCUUGGCGAACAUGUUCCAAACGGUACCAGGCUUUGCUUCCAGUCGCUGCUAGUCGAGGAUUAAGUAGUUUUUCUAUUCAGCCCAAGAGAUCCAAUUCGUUGCCUGACCAAUGGAGUGGCCUAACAGCCAUCCAAGGAUCGAACUUUGUCUCAGAGGAGCUUUGUUCUUCUAAUUAUGUGGCGCAACUUGAAGCCUGUAUUCAAUCCAAGUCUUUGUCCGAAGGGAAGAAAAUACAUGAACGCAUCCUUAAACACAAUGGCUUUAUCAAGGAUUUCACGAUCCUGGGAAAAUUAACCCAUCUGUAUGUUAGAUGUAAUGAGAUUGAACUUGCUCGUCAAGUGUUUGACAAAAUUCCAAAGCCAAGUGUCAUUUUAUGGAACAUGAUAAUCAGAGCUUACGCCUGGAAUGGACCAUUUGAAAAGGCUAUUGAUUUGUACUAUGAGAUGCUGAAACGGGGAGUUAGACCAUCCAAAUUCACGUUCCCUUUCGUUAUCAAAGCCUGUUCAAGCCUACAAGCACUAGAGAUUGGGAGAGAAAUACAUGAGCAUGCAGAGAAACAUGGUCUUGAAUCGGACAUUUAUAUAUCAACCGCUUUGGUUGACCUAUAUGCCAAGUGUGGGGAUUUGUUUGAAGCGCAAAGAUUGUUUAAUAGCAUGUCCCACAGGGAUAUUGUUGCAUGGAAUGCUCUAGUUGCGGGGUUCUCACUUCAUGGACUUUAUGAUGAAAUGAUACAAAUAGUUGUCCAAAUGCAGCAAAGGGGAAUAAGUCCAAACUCUUCGACUAUUGUUGCAGCUCUACCGACAGUUGGACAAGUUAAUGCAUUACGCCAAGGGAAGGCUAUCCAUGGUUACUCUGUUAGGAAGAUCUUCAGUGGUAAUGUGGUUGUUGCAACUGGACUUCUGGAUAUGUAUUCUAAGUGUCAUAACAUAUCCUAUGCAAGGAAAAUCUUCGACAUGACAAGUGAAAAGAAUGAGAUAUGCUGGAGUGCUAUGAUUGGAGGAUAUGUUAUAUGUGAUUCCAUGAAGGAGGCAAUGGCACUUUAUGAUGAGAUGGUAUUAAAACCUAGGAUGAACCCUACACCUGUUACGCUUGCAAGCAUAGUACGAGCUUGCGCAAAUCUCACUGAUUUGGUUAAGGGAGGACAUUUGCAUUGUUAUACAAUCAAAUCAGGGUUUGAUAUAGAUACAACUGUUGGGAACUCACUGCUUUCUAUGUAUGGAAAAUGUGGGAUUUUGGAUGAUGCAAUUAGGUUUUUUAAUGAAAUGACCUCAAAGGAUAAGGUUUCUUACAGUGCUAUUAUAUCUGGGUGUGUGCAAAAUGGUUCUGCAGAGAAGGCUUUACUUAUUUUUCGCCAGAUGCAGUUAUCUGGCAUUGCCCCCGAUGUGGCAACUAUGGUAUGCCUACUUCCAGCUUGUUCACAUUUAGCUGCGCUACAACAUGGGACCUGCUGCCAUGGCUACUCAAUUGUCUGCGGAUUCACAGUAGAUAUCUCCAUUUGUAAUGCCAUUAUUGACAUGUACUCGAAGUGUGGAAAUAUUUAUACUAGUAGGGAAGUAUUUGACAGGAUGCCAAGGCGGGAUAUUGUAUCAUGGAAUACAAUGAUAAUUGGUUAUGGCAUUCAUGGGCUAGGCACAGAAGCACUUUCACUAUUCCAUGAAUUAAAGGCGUCAGGAUUAAAGCCAGAUGAUGUGACCCUCCUUGCUGUAUUAUCUGCGUGCAGUCAUUCAGGACGUGUCAUGGAAGGAAAAUAUUGGUUUAACGCUAUGAUCCAAGACUUCAACAUCAAGCCAAGGUUGGCGCAUUAUAUAUGCAUGGUUGACCUUCUGGCUCGAGCAGGAUAUUUGGAUGAGGCAUACACUUUCAUUCAAAGGAUGCCAUUUGAACCUGAUGUUCGUGUAUGGGGUGCAUUGCUUGCAGCAUGUAGGAUCCACAAAAAUAUUGAAAUGGGUGAAGAAAUAUCAAAGAAGAUCCAGUUGCUGGGACCUGAAUGUACUGGAAAUUUUGUCCUUAUGUCAAACAUAUAUUCAUCUGUAGGGAGAUGGGAUGAUGCAGCACACAUUAGAAUCAUACAAAGGGAUCAAGGUUACAAGAAAAGUCCAGGAUGCAGUUGGGUUGAGGUCUCUGGAGUAAUCCAUGGAUUUAUUGGUGGAGAUCAAUCCCAUCCACAAUCAGUAUCCAUUAAUAGAAAGUUAGAGGAACUUCUGGUGCAGAUGAAAAAAUUGGGAUACCGCGCAGAUUAUAGUUCUUCCCUUCAUGAUGUUGAAGAAGAGGAAAAGGAGCAGAAUCUCCUUUCUCACAGCGAAAAAAUAGCCAUUGCAUUUGGAAUUCUUAAUAUUAACCCAAGGAAGCCUAUAGUAGUUACAAAGAAUCUCCGAAUUUGUGUUGACUGCCACACUGCAAUAAAAUUUAUAACCCUUAUAACAGAGAGGGAAAUAAUAGUUAGAGACACAAGUAGAUUUCAUCAUUUUAAGAGUGGAAUCUGCAACUGUCAAGAUUUCUGGUAAGAAACGGGAAAAGUAGAAGUCAUAGAACCACACCUUGCCACGCACCUAUCCUUUUGUUUGAUCCCCUUGCUGCUUGAAACGAGAUAAUGUUCUUUCCUUCAACAUUUGUGUGGUAUGUUCUAUUUAUUGCAGCUAUCCCCACAGUAAAAAAUGUGAAAAUAUUUGUCUUACCUUACAGAAGAAGCAUAUAAGAUGUAAAUGUGAGAAGCAUUUUGAAACCAAUGGGUUUCUAGUUCUCAUUUGUGCACGAAACGCAACUCUCUAUCUACAUGCAUAUAGAGGCAUGUGUGUCAACUCCAAGGGGGAUAAAAGAUGCGCCAGUGUUAGCAAUUUUGUCAAGUAGGCUUGAUUUACCUCUAGCACCCUAGAAGUAGAGAGGAACUCAAUAUUAGAGAAAGCAUUGUGGGAACACCAGUGGCCUCUGGCAAAGAUAUAGAAACGACACCUGCAGCAGCAGGCUGCUUUCAGCGCUCCUACAAUUGGUAGAAUCAAAUCUUUACAAAAAAUUUUCUGUCAACAUCCACUCUUAACGCAAA